CUUAUACAUUUUGAAUAUCCCGCCCAGAUGCCGCCAUUGCUAAUUUGAAAUAAACCAAUAGCAUGCUGCACCAACAACCAACCUUCAGAAAGUUGCCGGAAUGAUAUUUCUUUCCGCAGUAUUGGCAGCAGUGUCGACUGUUGCAAAUGGUGGAUUGCGUUACUUUUUCUCGUGCUCCGUGUAAAAUAUUUACGUAAAAUAGUGUAAAUCUUGUGGCGCAGUGUUUCUGGCUCACAGAAACAUGUCGGAAACACUGCCGAAUAACAAAAAACAAGUUCCAAGACAACUGCGUGAGCGCAAGCAACGUAAGCUCUAUUCUGACGAGUGGGCUCUCGGUGAUGAUGAAGCGGAAGGUGGCAGGGGGUUCUCCCUCGCUGACAAACUGGAGAGCCCCCGCUUUGAGCACACCGGCGCAGUCCUGGAGAUGCAUGGAACUGAUCUCAAUGUCGCCUACCUCCAGAAGAAUGGCUUCACGACUCCCUUGCUGUUUAAAGAAAAACUUGGAUUGGGGUUACGCGUGCCGACCAGCAACUUCACAGUGAACGAUGUGCGCAUGUGCGUGGGAUCGAGGCGGCUUCUUGAUGUCAUGGAUGUAAACACGCAGAAGAACAUCGAGAUGACUAUGAAGGACUGGCAGCGCUACUACGAUGAUCCAAACAAGGAGAGGCUGUUGAACGUCAUUUCGCUGGAGUUCUCCCACACGCGCCUAGAGAACUACGUGCAAGCGCCGCGCAUCGUGCGGCUCAUCGACUGGGUAGACACGGUGUGGCCUCGACACUUGAAGGAUCAACAGACUGAAUCCACAAACGCUCUGGACGAUAUGAUGUACCCGAAGGUACAGAAAUAUUGCCUCAUGUCAGUCAAAGGUUGCUACACCGACUUUCAUAUUGAUUUUGGCGGUACUUCAGUUUGGUAUCACAUUCUAAGAGGGGCCAAAGUAUUCUGGCUCAUUCCACCAACAGAGAAGAAUUUACAACUGUACGAAAAAUGGGUCCUUUCCGGAAAACAGUCUGAUGUGUUUUUUGGAGACACCGUCGAAACGUGCAUAAGGGUUCAUUUACAAGCUGGUCAUACAUUCUUCAUCCCCACCGGUUGGAUUCACGCGGUUUACACGCCGAGCGACUCUUUGGUCUUUGGAGGAAACUUCCUGCACCAGUUUGGAAUAGAAAAACAACUGAAAAUAGCUCAAGUUGAAGAUGUUACGAAGGUGCCACAGAAGUUUCGCUACCCGUUCUUCACGGAGAUGCUCUGGUACGUUCUGGACCGCUACGUGACUGCGCUAUUGGGACGCUCGCACCUCGCGCCCGAGGGCCAACCUCCUCCGCCGCCCGCGCCCAAAGACCACGUACACCUUACACAGAACGAGCUGCAUGGACUAAAGGCAAUAGUCGUGUAUCUGCACCAGUUGCCGGCCGCUCGUAAGUCUGUGCCGGAGCUUUUGACAGACCCCAUCGCCCUAGUGCGCGACGUACGCACGCUGGUGGAGCAGCAUCGCCACGACAAACAGCACCAGGCCGUCACCGGAAUACCGGUACUGAAAGGUCCGGAUGAGGUGGUGUCUUGCGAGCGGCGCCAGUCGAGCGGGCGCGGCGGCCGCGGCGGACAUCGCGGACCGCCCUCGCGCCCGCGCCCCGAGCACGCCAACAACGCGCCGAGGCGACGCCGCACCAGAUGCAAGAAAUGCGAGGCUUGUCAACGCACCGAUUGCGGCGACUGUGUGUUUUGCCACGACAUGGUCAAAUUCGGCGGACUUGGUCGCGCCAAGCAGACUUGCAUUAUGCGACAGUGCUUACAGCCGAUGUUACCGGUGACAGCUUCGUGCGCGGUGUGCCACCUGGACGGCUGGAUGCAGACGCCCGUCGCGCCGCAGGCUAAGGGUAACUCGGGUCGCAACGGCCCGUCGUCACUCCGUGAGUGUUCAGUGUGCUACAGUAUCGUGCACCCGGCUUGCGUUCCGCCCGGAGGACAGAUCAACGAAGACCUGCCGAACUCUUGGGAGUGCCCUACUUGCACCACUAUGGGCCUCAACCAUGAUUACAAGCCACGUCACUUCCGCGCCCGACAAAAGUCAUCGGACUUACGCCGCAUGAGCGUUGGUUCGGACGCCAGCCAGCUCAGUCAACACCACAACAACGCACAGAAUAAAUUGCCAGCGCCACCACCUUCUACAGCAAUAAAGUCUGAAGUUGGUUCAGAUACCGAGAGCAAGGUAGAUGCCACCCAUAUCAAAACUGAAGAUGAAAUUAAACGUGAAGAAAGCACGGAGGCCACGGGAGGCGAGGACAAUAAGGGUGACUGGGAGCCCGCCAACAAGAAACGCCGCGCCAGUGAUGAGGACGAGGCGCCUAAGAAACAGGCGCUCAGGGCACACCUUGCCUUGCAGCUCACACAUCACUCUGCUAAGGUGCUAAAGAAGCCGCUAUACCCCGUGCGGCCGGCCCCGCUGUCGCUGUCGUCCACCACGGGGUCGCCGUGGCUGGACCGCGACGCGAUGCUGUGCGUGUUCGCCAAGCUCACGCCGCACGAGCUGGCCACUUGCGCUCUCGUCUGCAAGGCCUGGGCCGAGUACUCGAUGGAUCCGUCGAUUUGGCGCAGCAUGUCGUUCGUGCAGGUGCGCGUGUCCGCGGCGCAGCUGGCCGGCAUCGCUCGCCGACAGCCGCUCAGUCUCGGCUUGGAGUGGUGCCACUUGGCGCGUCGGCAGCUUGCUUGGCUACUAGCGCGUCUUCCAGCUCUCCGAUCUCUAUCCUUAGCGGGGUCGCCGGCAGAGGCAGCCCUGGCCCUUCGUUCCAGCUCAUGUCCACCACUGACAGCCCUGGACCUGUCUUUCGCAAGGUGCCUGGAUGAUGCCAAGCUCCGAGGCAUCCUGGCACCUCCGGAAAACUCCAGGCCGGGUGGUGGAGCGAGGUCUGGGAUGGAACCUUCCCGGCUUGCAGCGUUGGCUGUUCUACGGUUGCCGGGGACGGACAUCACUGAUGUCGCGAUGUUGUAUAUUGUACAGGCUCUACCAAAGUUAUGUGAAUUGGACGCGUCGUCUUGCGCGCGGCUCACAGACGCGGGCGCCGCUCAGCUCGCCCACCACGGCUUACAGAGGCUAUCGCUCGCCGGCUGCAGGCUGCUCACAGAGGCCGCGCUGGACCACCUGACCAGGUGUCCCAAUCUCGUCAGAUUAGAUCUCAGGCAUGUGCCUCUUGUGUCAACGCAAGCGGUCAUCAAAUUCGCAGCAAAGUCCAAACACAAUCUCCACGUUAAGGACGUCAAGUUGGUCGAGCUUCGGAACACCUGAUCCGAAUCUCAGCCUGACGAGGCACCUGAAGAGAUACCAGAUAUCCAAGAAAUUCAGGAGGACAAGUGAACAGUGAUAUAGAAUAGUGAUGUUGGUGGUAUAGCAAAGUGAACCUUUUGUGUACUAAUAUAAAGACAGUUUUGGUAUGAAUGAACUUCAGUGUUCUACAAUGUAAGAUGUAUUAGGAUAGCUAUACACAUAGUCGGCUCGUCACAAAAUGUCCGACAAUGAGGCCUACCUGCGUAUACACGUAAUCAGAUUUUAAGUGGCACAACCGGGCCAGUGCUUCGUAAUUCACUCAAAAGAACGAUACGUGCUGUAUUAACAUAACGCUUGGUGUGCCGUCGAUGCUACAUGACGUAACAGGACCGCUGCAUACGGCGGCGCGCCCCUUCGACGGCACCGUCGAACAUAAUAUUAUGGUUGUUCAACAAAAAUUACCGAGUCGAGUGUGCCGAUUCGACUGUGUGUAUAGCAAGCAUCAUACAAGUCUAACUUAAGCUUUUUAGCUGAACUCUUAAGUUAUGACAUUCAAAUUGUUUCUUACCUUGUUAGUCAGAUCCAUGAAUGUAUAAAAAAGGUGGAUGGAGCGCUCCUAAUACCUACUUAUCGGUAUCCGACUUUGACUAAAAAAUUAGAGCAGUCCAAAUAGAAUAGCGAUAAGUAGCUAUUUCCUUUAAAUAGUUAUUAGGAGUGCUCUAUCCAUAGAUAAUAUUGUUAAUCUAUGGUGACAUCUUACUUGACAGUUCUUUUAUAGAGAUUUGAUUGAGCAUUGAUAACAACAUUUAAUGCAUAUUGCAUAGUCACACGCCCAUUCGGUGCCGGACCUUUAACUUUGUACGAAUUUCUGCGGAUUUGCAACCCGGCUGUGGUUAGGUAUCAUACAAAUAUGUACACAGAAUAGCUGUGUUACUAGUGGUUUAUUAGCUACAUAUAAAUCGAUACAACUCUGUUAGGCUUUUCGUGUGAGAAUGACAAAUUUUCAUCCAAGAACUGUCAAGAAUGUGACUCAUACUCGGUUAAGCUUUGAAUGCCAUAAUGAAUAAGAAGUUUGUAUUUUACCCUUCUGCACUAUUUUGUUUUACAGACAAACACUUGAGUGCAACAAAAAUAAUGCAUUAAUUUACACCUUUCCAGUGCUAUUACAAAAUGUUGUAAAAGACAUUCUAAGGUUAGUUACAAGUAUUUUUAUUAUUCCCAGAAAUUGCACUGUUUAUAUCUUGAUAGUUUUUACUGAGAUUUCAAUUAAAACUUAAUCCAUGAGGCUGACUGCGAUCAGAAAGGACCUAGAUUCAACCCCCACCUGUUUCACUGAAAUGGGAUACUUACUCCUAGUAUAAGCCUUAGUCUUUAGUUGGAGAGGAAAAGGGAAUAUUAGACAUUUACACAUGGCCAAUGUUUUUCAAAAAAUUAUUAUUAAUUUUCAAAGUAUGAGGUUAAUUGUUAUGCAAUAUUUUUGUUACACCGACCAUAUUUGCCAAAAAAUAAAAUUAAAUGAUGUAACAUUAUGUUAUCAUACUAACCAAAUAUAUAUUGUGAUCAGACAUUUCGCACAACAUAUCAAAUCCAGUUCUAUGCUAUCAACAAUGAGUAUAGUGUGAAAUGCAAUGUAGCAUACUGAAAACAAAGACUUAUUUCAUAGUAACUGAUGAAAGUGAUACAUUUCUAAUAGUAAUCAGUGACUCCAGUAAAAAAAGAGGACCACUCUUUGACGCUUUUCAGGAGAGGCAAAAAAUAUCAAAUAAAUAAAAUAUUUAAAAAUUAAAAUCAAAUUUUAUUCAAUAGAAGUUCAAUUACGAAAUUCUAUUUUUGCUUCUACUGAAAAGUAUCAGAGUUGCUUUUUUUAAUGGAGGUGCUGCAUUUUUUAGGCACAUCCACGAGUUUUUUUCUGCCGAGAACGCAACACCCAUCCAAUGCCAACCCAUGUCGUAAAUCACCACACAUCAGAAACGCAUGACGUUUUUCUGGCAUGGGGUUGGCAUGUUAAGGCGGACAUACAUAACUUCGAUGUGGUGUGUCGUGACGUGAUAUACGACGAUUAGAGCAUAUAAAGACUAAAAUAUUUUGUCUGACUAAAAAAUUAACUUAAGGCCUCUACGAACGCUCCGAUUGGCCGACUGCAGAAAUUGCUGCAACACAUCACAACAUAAUGCAUACAUUUCGAGAUUUCACUCGCCCUUUUAGCUAUGGUUAACUGUCAUGUCAAAAUUACAUAUGAUAAUAUGCCUUAAUAUAAAAAGUAUGCAGGUGUUGUAUAUAUUUAAAUCGAUUUAAAUAGUAUUAUACCUCCAUCUGUCGUUUCACGGCUCACCACAACAUGGUAAAGUUUUUGUCAGAUUGGUGGUUCAAGCGUGUUCGGCCCAUUGAUCUUCCUAUGUUUUGUGUAAUGUCUUCAAACUAGUGCCAAUAUAUUAUGAUUUCUUGAUAUAUAAAGCACACAUUUCAUUGCACAAUACAAAAAUAUCUCUUAUUAAAAGUUGAAAGUUUUUAUUUUGUUGCAUACUGUUUGUAUUGCUAUAAUCUGAGUAUAUUUUAUUGUUAUUUUUUAAGUUGCUCUUGGAAGCAUCAUUUUAUGUUUAAUCAAAUAAAAAAAUGCUAUAUAUUAUAUGAAAAUAUCUUAAAUUGGGACUAUCAAAGAUGAGAAACGAUUGUUUUAUAUACACCUUGUAAAUAUAACAAUAUUACGUUACUUAAGAAUGUAUAAAAGUUACGGAUUCAUAAAA